AUGUUCACAUCACGUCAUGGUCCUUUGCCAAAGUCAUCAGAGCUGCUGCUGGAGGUGGGCCGGAGUUCCCACGGUCUUCGAAGGGCGGAGCAUGAUCGAGGGCCUGACGAUGAAGUGACAACGGCACCGCCCAUCGUCAUCGUGCCAUUCGAAAUGAGUCCCAGGUACACCUACGCUGUAGUCUUCAUCGCCAGCUUAUUGGUGUUACAGUAUGUCGCCGCUCAGAGUGAUGAUAUGUACGAGCUGCAGCGAGUCGUUCGAGCUCCAAAAUUCAUUCGAUUUGGACGUGGAGGUGGAGCGAAAUUCAUACGAUUCGGACGAAGUGGUACAAAUUCAUGGCGGACUAUUUCCUUAUUUGGAAUGAUGCCAUAA